ACUCGCACGCUCAUCUACGUCCUCAUCCGUGCCAUCUUCGACCUAUAAAAAGCGGGAUUCCUUUCUUGCAUCAUGGUUAGGGUUUUCUCUCGCGCCUCCUGCUAGGGUUUUCAGCGGCUCUCUACCUCGAUCGAAAAUGCCGUCGCACAAGACCUUCCGCAUCAAGAAAAAGCUGGCGAAGAAGAUGAGGCAGAACAGGCCAAUCCCUCACUGGAUCCGGAUGAGGACUGACAACACCAUUAGGUACAACGCGAAGCGCAGGCACUGGCGCCGUACAAAGCUAGGGUUCUGAGGCCCUUGAAGGUUUUCCCUUCUUAUAUCGUCGAAUUAGGGUUUUGAUUUUUGAUAAAAGACAUGAAAUCGUAAUCUGUUUUGUUUCUUUCUUCUAUUACUCCUUUGAUAUUUGCGGGAAACGUGACUUAGACUGAUUUUUCGGUAAUGCGAUUGCCAAAGGAUGGUUUGAGA